AUGACGCUGGACCGCUGUGACGGCUUGAACUGGGAGGUCUUUGACUGCUUUGACUCCGUGACCGAGGGCGAGCCUACGGUCCAUAUGCUGUGCAACGAUACAAGCGACAUCGGCCUUAGUCACAACUAUAGCGAGACAUUUGUCCUUAAGCAUAUUGACCAGCAUGUCACAUGCCCCAACCUCGACGCAAAACUCGACAUCAACGCCGAGACAGCGCCAACAUCGACGUUACUUACGGCUUCACGUUGA